CCUCCCCCACUGCCCCGCCCCGGACCCGCCCCUCGGCUGAGGCGGGAUCUGCCUGAAAACCCCCGCCUUGAGAAGCCCAGUGCCACUUACUGCGCGCCGCGCCCCAGCCCACUCCGCUCUCCAUUAGCGGCCCAGCUGUAAAGAUAUCUGCAUCUACACAUACCAUCCCAGAAUGGCCAACAGGGGACCUGCUUAUGGACUAAGCCGAGAGGUACAGCAGAAAAUUGAGAAACAGUAUGAUGCUGACCUGGAACAGAUCCUCAUUCAAUGGAUUACCACUCAGUGCCGCAGGGAUGUUGGGCGGCCCCAGCCUGGACGAGAGAAUUUCCAGAAUUGGCUCAAGGAUGGCACGGUGCUGUGUGAGCUCAUCAAUGGGCUAUAUGCUGAAGGCCAAGGUCCAGUAAAGAAGAUCCAGGCUUCAAACAUGGCCUUCAAACAGAUGGAACAGAUUUCUCAGUUCCUAAAGGCAGCAGAGAACUAUGGCAUCAAUGCCACUGAUAUCUUCCAAACUGUGGACCUCUGGGAAGGAAAGAACAUGGCCUGUGUGCAGCGGACACUGAUGAACCUUGGUGGUCUGGCAGUGGCCAGGGGUGAUGGGUUCUUCUCUGGAGAUCCUAACUGGUUCCCUAAGAAAUCCAAGGAGAAUCCUCGAAACUUCACAGAUAACCAGCUGCAGGAAGGCAAGAAUGUCAUCGGGCUGCAAAUGGGCACCAAUCGUGGGGCAUCUCAGGCGGGCAUGACUGGUUAUGGGAUGCCACGCCAGAUCCUCUGAUCACUACUCCUCCUUACCCUCCCUUGAAUGGUUAAUAUAUUUCUUACAAUGACAUUCCCAGGAAGCCCGAGGAACUCUUAAGCCCCUUCUGUUCCCACUUCUUCCCAUUCUGCCCUUCCCCCUCCUCAUUGAUGGUGCCUGCGCCUCCUAUUGUGCCUACAGCUGGUGAGCCAGUGCCUUUUCCCCCUGAACUGGUUGUAAUACACUCCUUCUCUCCCUCCCCCAGUCAGCAAAACUGGACCAACUGCUCUGUCCUCCCCCUCUCCUGGACCAAAACUGAGGGGCGCCUGGCCCCGUCAACAUUCCUAUUCCUUCUCUCACUUGGGAAUUUGUACCCUCAUAGCCAAUCUUUAAGCCAGGGUUCAAUGCCUUGAGGGGAGCUGAACAUGGGACCAAUUUCUCCUCCACAAGGUUGUUUUUUCUGCUCCCGCCACCCCCAGCUUUGCUACUGUGGAGACUUAAUUUAUAGGGAGGGGCCCGUGGUGGCUGCUGUCCUGGCCACAGCUGGACUUUGAAAGCCACACAUCUGGCUUUUCCCCCCUCGGUCCCUCCCUUCUUGGCAUCCCCUCCCACCCAUUCCCCUCUUUACCCAGUAGCCUGGGACACAUUUAUGGAGUGGAGAGGAAAGUCCAGGGAGGUGGGCUGACCUUGCCUUCCUUCUCUCCUCUCCUCCCUCCCCUCCUUCCUCAAAAGGCCCACCCAAAGUCUGGAGCUUAAGGAAUGUGAGUUUGCUGAUCUGAAUAAAGAUUCCCAGUCUUUGUAA